GAGCCAGAUUUCCCUUCAGACACUCCCAGUCUUUAAGACCCUGAGCUCAGCUAACAGUCCCUGGACUGUCUGGAUCUCAGUGUGCGGAGCCAGUGUGACGUACACACACCCCUAUAUUUAUCCAGCCAUCCAGGGUCCUACCCCUCAGUAUCUGAGGACCUCCCUGGGACAGCUGUCUCCUGAAGAGGACCCACCUCUGGACUCACAGUAACCCCUGUGAGGUCUGUACUUUUGCACACAGACUGCAGGACUUGCCAUGCUCCAGCCUCUCAGUGUAAUGAGUAAAGAUUGAUUCAGCACAUUUCCAUUGACAUGGUUCAAGAAUAGCAAUGGAUCCUGAAGGUUCACGCAUCCAGGAUGACCCACAUAUUAAGGUGAUGAUGGCAGGGUCGACUCUGAGAAAAAUAAAGUCACGUUCAUGGAAAAAGCAGCGACAUUUCCGCCUCCUGGAGGACGGCAUGACUAUCUGGUACAAGUCCAGAUGGGCAGGGAUGGGCCACUCCACCUUCUCAGUCACAGAGAUGGAGGCAGUGCGUGAGGGCCACCAGUCGGAGGUCCUGCUGAGUACUGCAGAGGAGUUCCCUGCUGACCUCUGCUUCACCUUGGUGUUUCACGGUCGCCAAGGCAACCUGGACCUUGUGGCUGAGACGCCAGAGGAAGCUAAGGCCUGGAUCCAGGGGGUGCGCAAGCUGAUCCACAAGGCUCAAAACAUGGAUGAGAAGGAGAGGCUGGACCAGUGGGUCUGGGACUGGUUUAAGAAAGCUGACAAAAACAAAGAUGGUAAGAUGACUUUCAAAGAGGUGCGGAAACUGCUGAAGAUGAUGAACGUGGAAAUGAAUGAGGACCAUGCUUUCCAUCUCUUCACGAUGGCAGACAAGUCGGACAGUGGCUCUUUGGAAAUCGAGCAGUUUGUCUAUUUCUACAAGAUGCUGACUCAGCGGGAUGAGGUGUGGAAGGUGUUCCAGGACUACUCUGGAGAUGGAGAUAAGUUGAUGUUGGAAGAGCUGGAGAACUUCCUGAUCAUGGAGCAGCAGGAGGGAGAGAAGAGUUCCCAGCAUGCCCAGGAGCUGAUCAACUGCUACGAACCAUCAGAAUCAGCCAAGAAGCAAGGUGCCAUGUCCUUAGAUGGCUUCCAGAUCUACCUGUGCUCCCAAGAGGGCUCCAUAUUUAAACCUGAGCUGCGGGAGCUUCACCAGGACAUGAGCCAGCCGCUCAGCCACUACUUCAUCUCCUCCUCACACAACACCUACCUCCUGGAGGACCAGCUGCGAGGACAGAGCAGCCUGGAGGCAUACAUCCAGGCCCUGAAGAGAGGCUGCCGGUGUGUGGAGGUUGACUGCUGGGAUGGCAGUGACGGGGAACCCGUUGUGUAUCACGGUCACACUUUAACUUCCAAGAUCCUUUUUAGAGACGUCAUUACAACGCUGAAGGAAUACGCCUUCAAGGCAUCUGACUUCCCUGUCAUUCUGUCUCUGGAGAAUCACUGCUGUGUGGAGCAGCAGACCGUCAUGGCCAAACACAUUAGAGUCAUCUGUGGGGACACGCUACUGACCACCCUGCUGAAUGGACAGGUCCCUCAACAGCUUCCGUCUCCACAGGUUAGAAUCAGAUUGUUUUGUAUUUCUUUUUGAAGAAAUUCAUAGGGGGAGGUACCCUGGGA